UCUUACAAACGCCGUAUCGGUCCUAAAGCUCUACGGUAUAAAUACAAGCGUGAUUGUCUAGGUCUGAUCAGAUAUCUUUGAAACCCACCAGGAUCUUUUCUACUUUGCGGCAGAUCAAAUUUGUUGAAGAUGGCCAAGUUCGCCGUGCUCGUCGUGCUAGCCUUAGUCGUAGCAGUCAACGCUCAGAAACCAUUAUGUUCUCCUCCACAAUUCAUGGCUGGACUAGGAUUCACGAUUGGUCAGGUUGGACCUGAUAAGGAACCCGUCGGUUUCACCUUCAACCAGUACGGUGCUUGGGACUUCGCUAACAGAAGACUUGGUCUCAACUUAGACAUCCUCUAUCCCAAUGGAACCACCUACAACUUCCGUGUAAUCCAGGACUACGCACAGAGAACACAAUGGACGAUCUUUGACCAAUUUAGGUUCUGUGCUAAGCAGGCAGCACCCACACCGGAGCCUACCAACUGUCUUCCUCCCAAUAGCACGGUGGCUUUCACCGGGUUCCUAGGAGGUGAGAAGGACCGUGUUUACUACGACCUCUACGCCAUGAAGAUGACCAGACAAGAAUCCGGCAAUCUUGAAGGUGAUGCCACAUUCAGCAUCUGCAAGGAAUCUAACAUUCCUCUCUCAAACAACUUCAUCGGAACUUACUUCGAUAGUGAUACCCCAUAUUCCCAGGUAUCGACAGGAGGUUUUUACAACGUCGAGGUUGGAAUCCCAGAUCCCAAGAGAUGGUUCGAUCUACCAAGCUACUGUAUGGAGGCUACUACUGACCUGAGCAAGCUGCCCAAACACAUUCCUAACUGGACUCGCCUGCCCAACCCACGCUUCUUUUAAUUAUUCAUAUCAACAGCCGCCAGAGAAAAUGUUAUUAGCUGGAAAUAACAAAUUAAGUUAUGUACACAUGAAUUUCUUCAUUGGACUUCUUCAAUGUUUGUAAUUUUCUACUCCAAAUGGAAUGUAUGUGACAGCUUCAAUAUAUUCGUGUUACCUUCGUAAGUAAAAAUAUAAAUAUAAAUUUUCACGAUUUUAUAAGUUUAUUUUAUUUAAAUGUUAUUGUAAUUCAAAUGUGUCUGUGAUGACAUCAUGACUUUAUUUAUAGCAUGAUGACCGACCCUGAUUAAAAGGAUGUCGUUUUUUUUACAUAAGAAAUAAAAUGGUAUGGUGUUAUUACUCUA